GAUUGAAAUAUAUGGUUAUAGAACUUGGGCCAGGGCUCUCUCUAUGUUGGCUGUGGCCCAUUGAUUGGCCUCUCUGGGGAAAUGAUCACCCUAUUCCCUAUUGUAACAUUCAAUACAGUGGAAACUCAACCCUCCAAAGCUCUUCUGGCUCUUAUUAUUUGUCUGAAUUAUUGAUGGAUUAAUGGCUGUUUUUAUUUCCAGACCCACACAGCGAUCCAGACAGGGCCCAUUCUUGUAAGAAUUGAUUGCCAAUUGUAUUGUUGGUGAGGUUUGGAGUAGCACCUGAAAUGAGUUAGAAAUUGGGCUGCAGUAGGGCCAAUAUUGCAGCUUGUGCCUAUGACUUCAUAUAGCCUGCCCUGAAUAGUAAAUGUAGACUGAACCUCAUAAGGCCCCAGAAAACGGUGUGGGAAACUGAGGAUAGUGAUCUCUUGAUGGAUGACUCGUCCCCUUUCAAGUGUAAUUUAAACUGGUAAACCGAGCCUGCAAUGUCAGACCGCAGACACAAUACCAGUCUCCGGGGCUACUGUCCCUUUAAAUACCGAGCCCUCAGCCCGCCCUCGAAUGGGAACACCAUAGUCUAGGCUCCACGAGAGACUGAGGCCGUUGUCUGGUGUCGAAGCAUCAUCUAAUCCACGUUGCAGAUAGACCAUUUUUAAAAGCCUUCUCUAGACCGCCAGAGACGGCCCGAUGAAACGGAGGCGGUGGAGGUCUGUGUGCUUGUUUGGGCUAUUCUCACAAGCAGUCGGGAGCUUCCCGGACAGCGAGGCCAAGGGAGAGGAGACGAGUGACGGGCGUGCACCAUCUGUCCUCACCGGGGCUUGUUGUGCCAGCUGGCCUCGCCUCUCUCCCAUCAAUCGAACGGUGCAGGAACCUCUUGUUCAUCCGCCGGCUACCGCAAGGCAGAUGAUGAGAUGUCCGGGACUACUUCGCAGGCAGAUCCCAUAGAUGCCACCGCACGGACGAUUCUGCUAAACCAACCUCAGAACACCAAGUUCUGUGACAACCAUGUCAGUACCACUAAGUACGGGGUGCUUACCUUCCUGCCUCGUUUCCUGUACGAGCAGAUCCGCCGCGCCGCCAACGCCUUCUUCCUCUUCAUCGCCCUAAUGCAGCAAAUCCCUGAUGUGUCUCCUACGGGUCGCUACACCACCCUGGUACCACUCAUCUUCAUCCUCACUGUGGCCGGGAUCAAAGAGAUCAUAGAGGACUAUCAAAGACACAAGGCAGAUAACACAGUCAACAAUAAAAAGACCACAGUUCUGAGGAAUGGAGCCUGGCAGACCAUCAUAUGGAAACAGGUGGCAGUAGGAGACAUAGUGAAGGUGACCAAUGGGCAGCAUCUUCCAGCUGACAUGGUCAUAGUGUCCUCCAGUGAGCCUCAGGCCAUGUGUUACACUGAGACCUCCAACCUGGACGGAGAAACCAACCUGAAAAUCAGACAGGGUCUCACUCACACAGCUGGUCUCCAGUCUCUGGAGGAGCUAAUGGGUCUCUCUGGCCGUCUGGAGUGUGAAGAGCCCAACGGACACCUGUACGACUUCACUGGGACCUUACGCCUGGACAACCAAAAUGCGGCUCCUCUUGGUCCUGACCAGGUGCUACUGAGAGGUGCCCAGCUCAGGAACACGCAAUGGGUUGUGGGAAUUAUAGUCUACACUGGACAUGACUCCAAACUGAUGCAGAACUCGACCAAGGCCCCUCUGAAGCGUUCUAACGUGGAGCGGGUGACCAACGUCCAGAUCCUGGUGCUGUUCUGCAUCCUCCUGGUGAUGGCGCUAGUGAGCUCAAUAGGAGCCUCCAUCUGGAACCAACAACACACUGAGGAGGCCUGCUGGUACCUGUCACGCGCAGGUGACAUUUCUACUAACUUCUGGUAUAACCUGCUGACGUUCAUCAUCCUCUACAACAACCUCAUCCCCAUCAGCCUGCUGGUCACUCUGGAGGUGGUCAAGUUCACACAGGCACUCUUCAUCAACUGGGAUGAGGAGAUGUACUACCCGGAGACAGACACACCCGCCAUGGCUCGAACAUCUAAUCUCAACGAAGAACUGGGCCAGGUGAAGUAUCUGUUUUCUGAUAAGACAGGAACUCUCACCUGUAACGUCAUGCACUUCAAGAAGUGUACCAUCGCUGGAAUCACAUAUGGGCACUUCCCUGACCUAGAUGUUGAUCGUUCUAUGGAGGACUUCAGUCCCCUGCCGUGCAGCAGUCAUAACUCCACAGAGUUUGAUGACCCCACUCUCAUCCAGAACAUUGAGAAGAACCAUCCGACCUCUGCCCAAAUCUGUGAGUUUCUGACGAUGAUGGCGGUGUGUCACACGGUGGUCCCAGAGAGAGAGGAGGACCAACUUAUCUACCAGGCCUCCUCGCCAGAUGAAGGAGCUCUGGUGAAAGGAGCCAAAGGUCUGGGCUUCGUUUUCACAGCAAGAACUCCUGGCUCAGUUAUCAUUGAAGCAAGGGGGAAGGAGAAGAGCUUUGAGUUGCUGAAUGUGCUGGAGUUUUCAAGUAACCGUAAGCGCAUGUCUGUAGUGGUCCGAACCCCCGAUGGUAAACUGCGUCUUUACUGCAAGGGAGCAGAUAAUGUGAUCUUUGAGCGUCUCACUGAUGCGUCUCAGUACAAAGAGCUGACCAUCGCACAUCUGGAACAGUUCGCCACCGAGGGUCUGCGGACUCUGUGUUUUGCCUAUGUUGAUCUGGAAGAGGGGGUGUACCAGGAGUGGCUGAAGGAGUACACCCGGAUUAGCACUAUCAUUAAAGACCGGGCCCAGAAACUAGAGGACUGCUACGAACUACUGGAGAAGGACCUGUUGUUGUUGGGGGCCACAGCUAUAGAGGACCGUCUCCAGGCGGGGGUCCCUGAGACCAUCGCUACACUGAUGAAGGCCGACAUCAAGAUCUGGGUCCUCACUGGAGACAAACAGGAGACCGCCAUCAACAUAGGUUACUCCUGUCGUCUAGUGUCCCACGGCAUGUCCCUCAUCAUCGUCAAUGAGGACUCACUGGAUGCGACACGUGCCACCCUGACAGCCCACUGUACGUCUCUGGGUGACUCUCUGGGGAAGGAGAAUGAGUUGGCUCUGAUCAUCGAUGGACAGACCCUGAAAUACGCCCUCUCCUUCGAGCUCCGCCAAGCCUUCCUAGACCUCGCCCUGUCCUGCAAGGCCGUCAUCUGCUGCAGGGUGUCUCCCCUCCAGAAGUCGGAGAUAGUGGACAUGGUGAAGAAGCAUGUGAAGGCCAUCACUCUGGCCAUAGGAGACGGUGCCAAUGACGUGGGCAUGAUCCAGACUGCCCAUGUGGGGGUAGGCAUCAGUGGCAACGAGGGCAUGCAGGCCACCAACUCCUCUGACUACUCCAUAGCGCAGUUUUCCUACCUAGAGAAGCUGUUGCUGGUCCAUGGGGCGUGGAGUUAUAACCGUGUCACUAAGUGUAUCCUCUACUGUUUCUAUAAGAAUGUGGUUCUCUACAUCAUAGAGCUGUGGUUUGCCUUUGUGAACGGCUUCUCUGGACAGAUCCUGUUUGAACGCUGGUGUAUAGGCCUCUACAAUGUGAUCUUUACAGCGCUGCCUCCCUUCACUCUGGGGAUCUUUGACCGGCCAUGCAGUCAGCAGAACAUGCUCCGCUUCCCCCAGCUAUACAGGAUCACCCAGAACGCUGAGGGCUUCAACACCAAGGUGUUUUGGGGUCACUGUAUAAAUGCUCUGAUCCAUUCCAUUAUUCUCUUCUGGUUUCCACUCAAAGUAGUAGAACAUGACACUCCUUUCAGUAACGGUCAUGGUACUGACUACCUGUUUGUGGGGAACAUGGUGUACACGUAUGUUGUAGUAACAGUGUGUUUAAAAGCUGGUAUGGAAACCACUGCCUGGACCAGGUUCUCCCACCUGGCAGUGUGGGGCAGUAUGAUUCUCUGGAUCCUCUUCUUCAUUGUCUACUCAGCUUUCUGGCCGUCCAUCCCCAUCGCUCCUGACAUGCAGGGCCAGGCUAGCAGAGUGAUGCAGUGCUGGCACUUCUGGCUGGGGCUGGUCCUGGUGCCAGCAGCCUGUCUACUCAAAGACUUUGCCUGGAACGCGGGUCGUCGCACUGUGAAGAAGUCUCUUCUGGAGGAGGUUCAGGAGCUGGAGGCCAGGGCUGUAGACCCAGGGGCCGCUGUGCUCCGAGACGCCAGCGGACGCAGUCUGAACGAGCGUGCCCACCUGUUGACCCGGGUCUUUAGGAAAACACCCUCCAACGUGGGCCGCAAAAACUCUGUGCAGCAGAGCAACGUGUCCCAUGGCUAUGCCUUCUCCCAGGAGGAACAUGGGGUGGUGUCUCAGUCACAGGUGUGUCGAUCCUACGACACCACCCGCCAACGGCCCAGCGUCUAGCC